AUGGGAUGCGUCAAUUCGACCGACCAGACCAACGCAAAGAAGCGCUCGAAAUACAUCGACGAACAGUUGAAAGCCGAUCAUGAACGACAAUCAAGAGAAGUAAAACUGUUGUUGCUGGGUGCUGGUGAAUCGGGCAAAAGUACCAUUGUGAAACAGAUGAAAAUCAUUCAUGAAACAGGCUACACGGAUGAGGAGCGAAAACAGUAUCGACCAGUCGUGUUUAGUAACAGUGUGCAGUCAAUGGCAGCAAUACUUCGUGCAAUGAAUCAAUUGAAAAUCGAGUUUGCUGAUCUAAACCGUGGCACUGAUUUGCGACAAUUUUUCACUCUUUCACAGACUUGCGAUGAGGGAGAACUUUCACCAGAAUUGGCAAUGGCAAUGAAGCGAUUAUGGCAUGAUGCAGGCGUUCAACAAUGUUUUAUGCGCUCACGCGAAUAUCAACUCAACGAUUCGGCUUCUUAUUACCUCAACAAUUUGGAUCGUAUUUCACAGCCUGACUAUGUACCAUCACAAGAUGACGUUUUACGCACACGAGUCAAGACAACGGGGAUCGUUGAAACCCACUUCACGUACAAAGAUCUUCAUUUCAAAAUGUUUGAUGUCGGUGGUCAGCGUUCAGAAAGAAAGAAAUGGAUUCAUUGCUUUGAGGCUGUCACUGCCAUUAUUUUCUGUGUGGCUAUGAGUGAAUACGAUAUGGUAUUGGCGGAAGACGACGAGAUGAAUCGAAUGAUCGAGUCAAUGAAGCUCUUCGAUUCAAUCUGCAACAACAAGUGGUUCAGCGAGACAUCGAUCAUCUUAUUUCUCAACAAGAAAGAUAUUUUCGAGGAGAAGAUCAAGAAGAGCCCCCUUACUAUAUGCUUUCCCGAAUAUUCUGGCGCUAAUUCUUAUGAAGAGGCAGCCGCUUACGUGCAGGCUCAAUUUGAAAAUCUCAACCAUCGAAAAGACGGUCAGAAAGAAAUCUACACCCAUUUCACUUGUGCCACCGACACAAAUAACAUCAGAUUUGUCUUCGAUGCUGUGACGGACAUCAUCAUUCGGGAUAAUCUCAAACAAUGCGGUCUAUUC